CGUCCAUGUUUCAGCCUUGCAGAUAAGGAUAAGGGGAAAUAACCAAUUAUUACAGACACGGCUAAAGUUGAACUUUGUCCAAUUCGUUCAGUUUCAAUUCCAACCCACCACCUGGCAUCUUCCGUUUCGAUUAGACAGGUGUAUAAUGAACGGCCUCGCCGGUUCGAGGUAGUCAGCAGAUCAGGCAGCUAUGAAGCGCCCGAAUAUGUUGAACUUAGUAACGCCGGGCCGCGUAAUCUCGACGCUAUUCUUCUUGGCCUUGCAUCAGCUUCUCAUCGCACCCGCCGUCGCAUACACGGCGUUAUCGGACAACUUUCUUAAAUUAGUCCCAUCGGGAGGUGAUGACUUCGAUAUUGAGAAAGGUAAGCUUCUGGCGCCAGUUUUAAUCCCGCGAGUUCCGGGGACUCCGGGUCAGGCCGCUGUCCAAAAACAUUUCGUGGACUUCUUCACGAACGAACUACCAAAAUGGAAUAUCGAGUGGUAUAACUCAACCUCAAAAACUCCCGUCUCAGGAAAUAAUGAGUUGCCAUUCGCGAAUCUGGUAUUCAAGAGGGAGCCGCCAUGGGUUAAGGAGGGACAGUCAAAUCUGUUGACGCUCGCGGCUCAUUACGAUAGCUUGAUUACCCCUAAAGGAUUCAUCGGUGCUACUGAUAGCGCGGUGCCUUGUGCUAUUCUCAUGCACGUUGCGAGGUAUAUCGACAAGUUUAUUACGCAGAUGCACGACGAGAUGUCUGCGCUUGGUGAAGGAGGGACCGUGGCGAUGGAUAUGGGCGUACAGAUUAUUUUGUUCGAUGGCGAGGAGGCAUUUCAGAGGUGGUCAGAAACCGACUCACUCUAUGGAUCCCGAGCUCUAGCUGAGCAAUGGGAGAAUUCCCCUCACCCAGCAAUGUCAUUUUACCGCAACCCGUUGGAUCAGAUUAGUAUGCUUGUGCUCCUGGACCUUCUCGGCGCGCCUGACCCAACCGUGCCGUCGUUGUUUCUGCCAACGCACUGGGCUUAUAAGGCUAUGGCUACUAUCGAGGAUAGAAUGCGUAAGCUAGAUCUUCUCGAAUCGAAGCCGAAGCGCCCCUUUCUACCCGAAUCGGAGAAGAGGCCGACUUCUUUUCGAUCUCUCUAUAUCGAGGACGACCACAAGCCCUUUAUUGCUCGUGGAGUGCCAAUUCUACAUAUGAUUGCCUCUCCAUUCCCCAAUGCGUGGCACACAAUGGAGGACGACGGUGCUCACCUAGAUAUGCCGACUGUACGUGACUGGUCUAAAAUCGUCACGGCUUUUACGCUCGAGUGGUUGGAUAUGAUGGAGGUUGAACCUAAAGAAGCUACCGAGGCUCCAGCGUCAGGCCGAUAGCCCAUGUCCUAUUUAAUAUGGACUGGUUGCUGAAUCUUUUUGUAUUUUGUAUGGGAGCGAUUUUAUUAUUGGCGUUGAAUGGGCAUAGUGAUUCUUAGCUGGAGGUUAUGUUGCAUACUUGACUGAGUAAAAAAACAACAAUAAAUCGAAUGAAUUAUGAGCUCUAAUGUAUGAUAGAGCUGUGCGUGAUCUUGGAUGUUUGCUAAUACUACUUACUACCGAACUAGGCCCCUGACUUAUUUCUCUCGACGGUGUAAGGAGGUGGGUGCCUUUGUCACAAGCAAGCGUUGUAUUGUAAUAAUUAUCUCCAGUACCAGUACUCCUGACUGCAUACUACCAAUAAUACUACGUUCAUGUAUGCGUUCACCAGUAAGCAGGUCGUAAUGAAAUGUAGGUAUGAAGAUUUUGUGCAUAGG